AGUUGUAAUCCUAUUUAGAGUUUUAAAUCAAAUCAUGGAGGGUAGUGAAAAAAAAGUUGAUACAAAUUAAAUAAAAAAGAAUACGGGCAAAAUAGUGUUACCAAACUGUUUUUUUUUUUCAAUUUUUUAAUUAAAUAACUGGCUAUUUACAACUAGAAGAAAUAGAAAAUCCGCCAAAAUGUCGUCACGAGGACGUGCUGUGAUCUGUAAAAGAUCAUGAGAUGUGUGCAGCUAUCGAUAUGCUAGCUUCGGAGCUGUUCUACGGGCAUAGCCCACCUGCUAGCUUCCUUACCGACUACACACCUCCUCUCCGGCGGCCCACAAAGCUCACAACAAGAGGCUUUUCAGCGCCAUGCUUAACAGUUUUAAAACCUGUACAAUUCACAUUGAAAUCAGCUACACGAUCCUGUUUAAAAAUGCCCAAAGGCAAGAUAAAGAAGAGCGUCGUUUUCGCUGACGACAAAGGCUUAGCGCUUGAACAAGUGAAGGUUAUGACAGAGCCUUCCCACGUGCCCCCAUAUUGGGCCUUAAAAGAGGUCGAAAGUCCAGAACUGGAGAGGAAACCGCCGCCUCACGUUGAUGACACAUGGGAGAUGAAGUUUACCCAGCCAGCGUCAGAUUACGUGGAAUUUAGAAGAAAAAUCACAGAGGACUGUGUUGCAUUGGAGAAUGUGAUAAUCAAACAGAACGAGUGUGCAGUGGAUGGGACGGUGAAAGUGAAAAACCUGGACUUCACCAAAGAGGUGUUUGUCAGACUGAGUUCUGAUGGUUGGGCGACGAGUGAGGACGCAUACUGCGCGUUCUUAGAGUCUGGACCUGUAAACAAAAACGGCUCUUCCGUGUAUGACACGUUUGGGUUCAGAUUGCAACUGCCCAUCCAUUCGAGGAGAAUGGAUUUCUGUGUGUGUUUCACCUGCAAAGGUGUACAGUAUUGGGACAACAAUAAAGGGAGGAAUUACACUAUAGAAAAGUCUUCAGUACAAAGUGUGCCUGCAGUUGCUUGUGCGAGGAUUAAUUAUGGCAAUUCUUGGUCAUCGAGGUCGGGCGGUGAUGGGGGCACUCCAUAUUGGUGAUACCAUACUGGCCUCUCGUCAGUUCACAGCUGUACAUUGGUGUUUUCAUAGAUACAUUGUGAAUCAUUCGAUUUAUUAGUGCUCUGUGGUUUUAGUGCCAUAAAACUUUUCUUGUGCCAAAUUCUCGGAGUCUGAUCGGCUGAAUGCGACAGGAGUUUUGAAUAAGUCGUAAGUUAGUAUUUUAAUUGAUUCUUAGUUUUUUUUUUUUUAUUUAACACCUUGUAUAGGUGUUAGAAAGUGCCUUUUUAGAUGCACCAAUGAAUUUAUUGCUAUAAUAAUAGACUCGUUUCUAAACCGCCAUUGCUCAAACCUAUCUCUUAGUGCUUGAAUUCGAUUGUUUUUCAAAAUUACUGUUUUACGGACUGCUAUAAACUAAAUUUACAAUAUAUAUGAAUUAAUUCUAUUAGAAACUGAGUUCAUACUGCUCUUUAAGCUGUGAUAUCAAAUAAAAAUUUUAAUUUUUAGAGAUAGGUUUAAAACAAUGGCGCAUUCGAAUCGAUCCCGUUGAAUGAAUUUGUAAAGCCUCAAAUUAAUAUGCCUAUUUUGAAUUUUAAAUGGAAUUAAAGAUACUUCUACCUACUCGAGUAAUUGAAUAAUUAAUUAGGAGUUAAGAAACGAGUCAGUAACUAAAAAGUGGACCAAAAUACCUACACAGUUAGAUUAAUACCUAUAUUUUUAACCGCUCGGGUCAAUACCCAUUACGUUGACUCAAGAUAAUAAAAUGCAUUAUAUACAUAUUGGGGUCGAUCCGAAGGUGUUAAUUUUCGAAAUCUAUCUCUUAAUCAAGUGUUUUAAUUUGAUAUUUUUGGAAAAUUACUGUUUUAAGGAUCAUCUGCAUGAAUAAAUACAUCGAGUAUCCUAUACGCCAUGCCAGAAUAUAAUCUACCCGUAUUCAGUUUCAUUAAAAUCCGUUUUGUAAUUUUUGCAUAAUAUAAUCAGAGGGAGACUUUGUACAAAAGUCGUUUACUCGUGCACCUCUGUCCCAAUUGUGUUUCUACCCUAAAUCAGUUGUUUGCAUGGUUGUGUUUUGAUUUGAAGGUUUAAUUAAUGAUUAUAAGAAACUAAAUUUAUAAUAAUUCUGUCUUAAAUCUAUUAGAAAAUUAGUUGAAUAUUGGUUUUUAGAUUAAGUAUUUCGCUGUGAUAUCAAAUUGAAAUUAUAAUUUAGAUAUAGAAUUUAAAAAAAAUGGCGCCUUCGAAUCGAUCUCAUUGUUGUAUUUUUAAUUAUUUAUUAUUUUGUAAAUACAUCAAUUAAGGGUUUACCCGUAGCCAUAUUACGUUUCUUUUGUAUUAUUUUUUCCUUAAAAGACACUUAGGUGAUUGUAAUUUUCAUGGGCAAUUGUUAGAACUAAGUCACCCACGAUGUGUCAAUGUGAUUUCAUGGGAAUUAUGGUAUGUAGCUAAAUUUUUAGUAGGUAUUUUUGUCAAUAAAUUUAAUGACAAUUUUACUAGGGAGAUAUAAUGUAGGUACUAUUUUUUUUUAUAUUAAUUAAUGUAAUUUAAAGACAUGAAUCUAACAAAUAACAAGCAUAAUAAUACACACAUAAGAGUUUUUUUUUUCUAUUGUCUAGUCGUAUUGUUUUUAUCUAUGCAAUCGAGAUAUACUCUUUUACAAAAUGGCGGGAAAUGUAUGCAGACGAAAGACUUGUUCGCGGAGAAUUAUCUGUGCUGUCUACUGAGAACUUAUUGUGGAUUCGAAUGCGUUAUACAAUCUGUGUUCUAUUUUGAUGCAUAAAUAAACUUCUGUAAUAAAAACACAACUGAUCUGUAAAAAAAAAAUCACAUUUAGUAAAGACGCCAUUAUUAAUUCUUUUUACAAAAAAAUAUAGCUAGAUGUCACUAGGGAUGGUGCGAAUGGUACCCCAUCCAUAUAACAACCUUAUUUUAUAAUUACAAAUGCUAGCAUGCCAUAAAAAGAAUGGUGACAUUCAUACAGUUUGUUUCCUUUGCUUUUCAAUGCAGAGAUAACAGACUUCCGCUACAACCGCACGCUUCUAUUUUUAAAAUAGAAAGCACAUAAAAAAAUUACGUCCCCUUUGUCUAUGCCGUACAUUUAUUUUUAAUUCUGUUUAACGCGACAAAAAUCUUUCACGUCUGCAGUAUUCAACCCACAAUGGCUGUCGUAAUUUCUAAAUAGUUUACGUACUGGCAUAAUGCCAAAUGUUUUCGUUUAUCAAACAGCAUUGAUGCCAGUUUGUUGCAACGGAAAUAAAUAAAAAAAAAAUGUAAACAAAUCUAUUGAUAUAGUUAGAAUAUAGAAUUAAUUACUUAUAAUAAUAUAAUUAUAAUUUAUACAAGGUAAAAUUCAAAUCAUUUGGUAUUCUAUAAUUUUAUAAAGCAAUAGCAACCUGCUCUGGCUUCGCUCGAGUAUAAUGUAGAAUAAAUGCGGUGUCAAUGUGGAGUGAUUUUUAAUAUAUAUAUAUAUUUUUUUACAACUCAGAAUGGCAAACAAGCUGACGGAAAGUGGUAACCGUCGCCUAUAGACAUGAGCAGUACCGUGGACAUAACAGAGCAUACUGUUUCGCCCAUGAUACCCCCAUGUGUUGCCAUUCCUGAGGACUCAGGUGUUAUUCCUCUGUACCCAGUAAAUUCACACCAUAUCCCACCCUUCAAACCGAAACACAGCCAUGCAAACACAACUGCUUCACGGUUGAAACACGAAUAGGACAGAGGUGGCCAAACAAACGACUUUUGUACAAAGUUUAUCCAUCUAAAUACCUUUCCAAACUUUAUAUAAUUUGUAUAAUUUCUUUUAAACAUUAAAAUUGGUUGUAGAAAGCUAUCCGUAUAAUAUAAAAUGCCAUCGCUCACAUUUUUGUGUAGUCCUAUAAAAGAGAAACAAUUCCAUCAUACAUUAUUUUGUUAUAUUUCAGUGUUUUCGAUGAAAACUUUCAGUUGAUUUGAUUUUUUCCGACAUAUUGAACAAUUAUCGUCAUAUAUCAACAAAUUAACACCAUCUUGAUCCAUCGCUAAUUGUUAAUAUGCCAUAGAGAAAAUAAAAAAAAUGAAUUAAGCGAAUCUGAGGCGCCAUUUUGUAAAUUUAUCUUUAAAAUUAAAAUUUCAAUUUGAUAUUACAGCGAAAUGUUUAUGGUAAGGACCAAUAUGAAUUAAUUUUGUAAUAGAUUUAAGCCAAAAUUAUUAUAAUUUUAGUUUAUGAUAGUCCAUAAAACAAUAAUUUUAUGAAAUUAUCAAAUAAAAAAGUAAAUUCUGAAUGACGCCUCAGAAUUAAACUUUAAUAUUGACAAUAGGUAAAUAUCGAGUAAGCUUCGGAUAUCGUAAACUGUUUAAAAAUACUUUGAUAUUGAUAUAUUAUUUGAUACUAUAUUUUAACAACAUUAAGGAAUCUUAAACAAUAGACUGUAAACAAUAUCGUAAAUUGAUUGCAAGAUAUUUAAUCGAGGUGCCGUGUUUCCCGCCUUUUUGAUUACGUAUCUAUUAUCAGUGUAUGAUGGCAUAGGUUAGUUUUGUUAAAUGCGGCUCUUAUCUGUAUACUUGCAUAGUGUAACUUUUUUUUUUCUUAACGGGAACACAAAUAAAUUUAUAAAAAAAAAAACAAAGUUGAUUUAGUUACAAUAUUUAUAACUCCAGAACGGCUAAACAUAUAACAUAUAUAAUAACCGAUAGUUAAUAUAUCUGUUAUUGGACCAAAUGUGAAUAGAUAUUGUAAGCACAAUAUAUAGUUAUCGAUGUAUAUUAUCCACCUUUAGUCGUAUCAGAUCUCGCGUACUGUUAGUGUAGGGCACUUGUUUAAUAUACCUGUAUAAAAAAAAAAAACAACUUUUUGCCACACACCUAAGUAAUAUUUUUUUUAUAUAUUUUUACAGUGUUUUAUUAUUUUGUUUACACUGCACUUUUACUUUUUUGAAGGUCCAUUUGACUAGCGACGCACGAGACCCUUAGUUCAGGGUUUUAUUAAGCCCGAAUGAUAAAUUAAACUAAUUAAUUUUACUGGCCAGACCGGCGGACAGAAACCAGGUCCGUAGCUGGGCCGUAAUUUUGCUAGCUAGAUGACAUCCUGAUUUAGGGUUUGUAUAAGUUUAUAUAGGCAUAAUACUGCUGAAUUAUAUAGAAAUAAAUGAUAUUGCUAUUCAGCAAUAAUAUAUCUACAGGCUAGGGUUGUUACAGUACAUUAUAAAUGAGUCUAAGCGUACUUUUUGUCCGUCAAAAUAACACAAAUAACGCACACGAGUCCGCGAAAAGUCCUCAAUAAACAAGACGUGGAAUUAUGUCCCAAUGCUGGACAUAGUUCUUUUUACGAGAAAAAUUUUAUCCGAAUAUUACCUCUCUGGCGAAGCUAGCGUAGAAUUGAUUUUUUUUUUAUUUUUAUAAUAACGAUUAAUGAAAACGAAGUAAUUGUCAUUCAACUUUUUUGUAACAGCAAAAACGUCAUGUAAUGCAAUUGAAACAUGUUUUGUUAUAUUUUGUUUUGUACAGUGGUGAUCUAUUCUACCUUUAGUUAUGUAGGUUAUACAAAUGGAAAAGUCAGGCAUAACCGUCUGUAAAAAAAAGCAUUUUUCGGAGACAGAAUAUUUUCUCACAGCCUAGACAGAGAACUGUAAGUAUUAUUCUUAAUCUAAGUAGUAAAGUUGAUGGUCAUAGAUUAAGAAUGGUGAGAAUAAAUCUGUAACGCCAUUUGUCUAAAACUUUAAUAUUUGAUGUCACAUUUUUUUAAGCCCAUGGACUAAUAUAAACUAAAUUUCUAACAGGUUUAAGUAAAAAUUGUUAUAAAUUUAGUUUAUUAUAUUCCAUAAAACAAUAAUUUCACUAUAUUUUCAAUUUUAAAUGUAAAAUUAACGAGAUAAGUUUAGGGAAAUAGCAUUUCAGAAUCGACCCCAGUACCUGCGAUCUCUUUCUACGAGUAAAAUUUAUAUCUAUCUACACAGUAAAAAAACGUGGUGUUACUAACAAAAUUUAACAACAGAUGGCUCUAUUCGGAAUAAAUAAAAAAAAUCGGAAUUUAAACUGUACGUGAUAUAUAAUAUAUAGGCCCUGUAUUGAGUUUUCUAACAGGGCAACCCAGACUUUUCGAGUUGUAUGAAAUGACCUCCACUGGUUCAGUAAACGAUAUGAUGUAUGUAAGUAAUUUAUUGUAUACUGAAUGAUUAAUGUUUGUAAUUAUAUUAUAUAAGUAAUUCAUAAAAAAAAAAAUGUAAAUUGUAUAAAUAAAUUAAGGGUUGGUUUAACGAAUGAAUUUUAAAGAACUGAUUAUUUUAUUGUUCACUUUACUGAGUUUCAAUGUUUGUAAUGUAUUCUAUACUUGAUGAUUUGAUGAUUUAUUAUUAAUUCUGAUAUUAGUUUGUAAUUAAAGCGUUCACGCGGAUGUUUACUAAAGUGUGGCAACGUCGGAAAUAUAUGUCGAUCUUAAGUAGAGAUGGGUGAUAUCCGAUAUAUAUAUAUUGAGUUAUUCUAGAUAUUGAUGACUACCUAUUGCGGUAUCACACAUACCAGCCUGAUAUUCAUUACCAGUGGGUUAUUCUUUUCGAUAUUAUAUUUUCGAUAACGGAUACUUAAUAUAUCUAUUAUUGGGUCAAUAUAUAUAUAUUGUGAGUAUAGUAUUGAUAUAUAUUAUCCAUCCCUAAUCUUGAGUACUAUAAGUAUAUUACUAUAGGUUUGCAUUGACAGUUUUUAGAACGAGGUGUUCUAAUAUUUAUUUAUUAUAUAAAUUAGUAAAUAAAUAUUUAAUUACUUUAACAAUUAUAGUAUUAACUCAAGUACAUACACGAAUUCUACAAUUAAACGGUCAAGACGAAGAAAACUAUUUGGCUGGCAACUUGUCUAUUCUAUCCAUCGACAAUUCUUUGAAAUUUAUAAUUACAGAGUAGAAUAGAAAUAAUCUUUAUUCAAAUAAGUCUUCUUUACACAAUCUUUUUGCAAAAUUUAUUAAUUAAAAAAAAAAAGAACUUUAAUACUAUAUAUAUUAUAAGGUUGUUUUUUAAAUAAUCGUUAAGUAAGAUUGAAAGUUAUAAAUUUUUUUUUAAUUGACAGAGAAUUCCGAUGUUGCCACAUUUCAGUAAGUUGAUUCGAGAACGCUGUCAAAUCUAUUUUUUCUUGCGUAUCUUUUUACAAUAUAUAAUCUUAGUAUGUCUUUAAUUAAGAACAAGGAAUUACAUAGGAGUGAUAAAAUUGUCAAUUCAUAGCAGGCCAGUGUAUAGAAAAUGUUAUACGGCCGUAUAACGCUACCAAAUUCAGAUACAACCUGUUUGCAUACUUUCUACAUAAACUGUGCUAUAUAUUGGAUAUAAUCUAGUAAUGUAAAAUUUGUCAUUGACAAAUAAUUGACAUCUCAAACAUUUUCUAUACACUAGCCUGAUAUGAAUUGAGAAAAAUAGCAACUGAUGGUGUAUCUUUCGUCCUCUUUUCACUCAAGAAAGGAGGUAAUCAUAUGAUUUAGUUUUUAUUUUAUCUUUCCAUCUAUGUAAUUCCUUGUUCUUAGGUUUGUUCCUCAGACUAGAUUAACCUGUGUUUUGAGGAACCGGGCAAAGGAUAUCUGGGUACACUACACAGCUUAGAACACCCGGAUUCGAGUAAAAUUUGAAAAUUUAAUUUUUUUAACUUAUAAUAUUGUUAAGAAGACAUUUUAAAGUUAUGCCACAGAUAAGCAAGAAAAAGUAGGUUGUUAUGAAUGACUGACCGUUGCCUGUAAAUUUUUUUGCAAUACAAUUUUAAUACAUACGUAACAAUGUUUGUUUUAUUUCUCA